AUGCAGAAAGAGGUCCUUCCCGAGCUGCGCAUGUCGGACCCGCCCGAGGACAUGGACACACAUACGCUCGAGGCGCUGAUUCAGCUUCUUCUGGCGCAGAGCCAGGAGUGCUUCUGGAAAAAGGCCGUCAUGGACGGGACGUACAAAGAUGCCAUCAUCGCGAGGCUGGCGGCGCGCGUGUCGGAUCUCUACAGCACGGCGGGAGAUGCGGCCAUGAAGAGCGAGGCGAUCAGCUCGUCGUGGAUUCACCACAUGAGCGCUAAGCAUCACCACUUUGCAGGCGCGGCGCAAUACCGUGCUGCGUGUGAUUGCUUGGAAAAGAAGAAGUACGGCGAGGAGGUUGCCCGGCUGACAGACGCCGUGCAAUGCGUCAACGAGGGGUUGAAAGAGGCACGCGGUGGCUAUGUCAGCAAGACGAUCAUCGAGGACCUCAACGGACUGAAGAGGAAAGUCGAAGAGGACCUGAAGCGGGCGGAGAAGGAUAACGAUUUGAUCUACAUGGACCCGGUUCCGCCCAAACCAGAAUUAAAGCUCCUCGACCGGGCUGACAUGGCCAAGAUGACGGUCCCCCCGCAGGUCGCCAACCCCUUCGACUACUUUGGUGACCAGGCCGAGUUUGGUCCCGCGUUGUUCUCCAAGCUGGUCCCCUUCGCCGUUCACGCCGCCAUUACCAUCUACGAGCAGCGCCGCGAUCGUCUUGUGAACCAGAACAUAAUCCAGAACCUGGAGGAUCUCACAGAAAGGCUGCACACGAUGCUGAGCUCCAUUAACCUUCCGGGCUCCCUACAGGCUCUUGAGAAGCCACUUGGCUUGCCACCAAGUCUGGUACAACACGCCGAAGAAAUCCGACAAGCCGACGCGAUAGGUCGAAUUCAACGCGCAUUCUCUGAUAUCGACAAACUGCGAUCAGCAGACAUCGCCGUCUUUGAUGAGGGCAAGUCCAUGCUGGCCGCGGAGGAAGAGGAGGAUGCUCGUCGACGGGCCAAAUUCGGCACAGACCGAUGGACAAGGCCAGACAGCCGCAGCGACCCUCGCGGCGCGCAACUCUGGGCCCAAGUUGCCGAGAUUGACGGCUACUUUGCGAGCAGCACCAGCAGCGACGAGGUUGUGCGCGACAAGUUUGGACAAACGCAAGACCUCCUUGAGCUCCUCUCCGCAUCAGAUCGCGUUCUCAUGGAUCACGUCCCUUCGAGCCGACGCAUGGACAUUGCCGAGCCCCUGAAGCCGGUCAUAGGACGACUGCGCGGUGCUUACAACGAUGUGCUGCGUCUGGAGUCUCGUCGCCGGAAAAAGGUGGAAGCCCUGCGCGACAAGUGUCGAAACGAUGACAUCAAGCCGGAGAUUCUCAAGGAAGCGGCGCGACUCGAAAGGACGUAUCCCACCACGGCGAUUGCGCCCGCGCACUUUGAAGACUUCUUCGAGAGACGACUGGACAAGCUCUACGAGCCAGAACUCGAAGCCGUCGAGAAGGAGGACGCUGAGCAGGAACGCAUGAUGACCGAGAUUGAGCGCGUCAACCGCGAAUUCGAGAGCCAGCGGAAGAGCAGCAUCGGCGGAAACCGCGAGCGGGAGCAAGCCCUCCAGCGACUCGACAAUGCGUAUUACAAGUACAAGGAGAUUGUCAACCACCUCGAUGUCGGGCGCAAGUUCUACAAUGAUCUCAGCAAAGUCGUCGGGCAGAACUUCCGGGACCCGGUCAAAGUAUGGGUGUCGGAGCGGCGCAUCGACGCCAAGAGCCUCGAGGAGGAACUCAGCAUGCCGCCGCUCGGCUCGCUCAGCAUGAACCGAACACCCGUUGCUUCGCCGCCCGUGUCGAGCUAUCAGGCCGAGCAGCAGCAACACGCAAACUCGUACUUUGGCUCGAACGCCGGUCCCGCCGCCAACACGCACGCGCAACGACCGCACCAGCAGGUCCACAGCCCACCCGCCGAAGCGCAUGUGCAGUCCUGGGCAGGCUCUACUGUCGAGCCGCAGCAACCACACCCAGUGCCGCCCGUGUCGAAUAUGUGGACGCCGGACAUGGGUAUUCGAUUUGGAGGGCCCGCCGGCGGACAUGGAGCGGCUGCGCCGGCCCCGAAUCCGCCGGGACCAAGGCAGGCCUCGGGCGGGACGUGGGAUCCCAACUCGGGCAUUCGUUUCGGCUAG